AUGUCACCCACCCCUACGGUACCUGAGAAGGAUGCUGCUGACAAAGGGCGUGCGCCUUCCACCUCCUCGUCGCCAGUGGUGCUUGGCCCUUUCGAGGACUUAUUGGACCUACAGAACAAGACUGACCUCAAUGGCGAACAAGCUGCUGAUGGUGUCGCUGAUCCUGCUGACAAGGAAGGUGAAGAAGAGGCCGCUGAAGGAGAGGCUGAUGCUGAUGCGGACGCGCAGGAGGACGAUGGUGCCUCGUCAGAUCAGGCUCCAGACGAUGACGAGGAUGGUUACCUGAGUGACGACUCCGACGAGCACCUGGAACCAGCUUCGCUCGGCAGCAUUAUCGCUUUGAAAAGAUUCUCACUGACCUUGCUGGUGCCGUUUAACAGGAAGCCUGAAGUCAAGCGGACUGCUGUAACUGUGGCUGCCUUGCUGGAAGAAUGGAAGGAUCAGCUGUCGCCAGAUGCGUUGCAGACAACAACUUACCAGGAACUUACAGCGACCUAUUUCUCUGGCACACGCUAUGGUCGUCUUCAAGUUACCUUCAACCGCGUCCGCGAUGCAAAUUUCGUUUGGAGUCAAGUCAUCAGACACGAGUGCGUGAAUGGCGACAUUGUCGACUUUACCUGGCAGCACCCUGAAGAUGCGCGUUUCCUUCGUGAGCGCCUGCUGAACCCGACGGCGAAGGAGGUUGUUGUCAAAGGAGUUCCUGCGGACAUUACUGCUGAGCUGAUUCGUCACCUGCUGGUGGUGUCGAAGCUGGUUAAGCGCGGUCGGAGUGCUUUCGCCAGCGGUUUCGGCUUUCAUCGUACCGUCGAUCCGGUGACUGGGCUGGACACCGACCGUAUCCGCGGUCUGUUUGUCCCCCACGCUGACGAUGUGUACCGCUGGAGGUACUUUGUGGAGGACCCGUCGACUGGCAGGCGCUACAUGCUGCACUACCCAUCGCUUACCUGCGAGCUCUGCAGCGGCCAGCACCUGUCCCGCUACCACGAUCAUUAUGUUACCUCGAGGCAGGAGAACUUCACCAACUGGAACCUGUCGGUCAAAAAGACUGUAUGCGAGAAGGCUCAAGGGAACCGGUUCGAGCAGGCGGCGGCUCAUGUCGCUUCUGCCAGGCACAAGGGAGGGCUGAAAAAGGAAGGUGCUGCAACGCGUGUCAGCAAACAUUCUCAGAAGAUGGCUGCUUUCAAAAAGGAGUUCAUGGCCACACCGGCAAAGAAGUGA